UUGUAUUUUGUGACUUUUUAUUGUUUUUAGCAAAAUUAAAUUAAUAGUUUUAAAAAAUAUAUUUUAAACUAUUAUUUACUGAAACAGUAUAAAUUCCUAAGCACAAUUUUCUUUUUAAACAAGUCUUCCAAUAAUCAAGAAAUAUAUCUUCAGUAAACAAUUGUUGUGUAAUGUUAAUUACAGCUUUAACAAUUUAUAGGUGUUACUUAUUCAUGAUCUCAUGAAUGUAUUUACAAUGUAUUUAGUGACAGGUUCUAAUUUGUUCGGACAGUGGCCUUCUUUCAGUUCUGUAAUUAGUCAAUUUCAAAAUAUAAAUAUGUGUGGUUUAAAAGAAAUCCCAUUCGAUGUUGCCUCGGCCGAAUUACUUGAAGCAAAUUGGUCUUACAAUAUUUUUCAAAGUGAUGAAGGGUUUUUCAUAUCUGGUGCUUGGUAUGGGAAUGAAAAUGAAUAUAAGAAACUGCUAUUACCCGAGGACUGUGAAGGUUCUGGAUCUAAGGACCUCAGUAUUACAGGCUGUGACUAUAACUUAAUCAUAAUAAGUGGACGACACUUAACAUUAUGGGUAAUUGAUUUAGAGAAUGAGAAAAAUGUUAAAAAAUUAAAAUUUAAUGAAACACCUUUAGAAAGUAGUCUGAAAAAGGUCAGAAGAGAUUUUGGUGUAAAGAGAGUUAUGAAAACAAACAACUUGUUUGUUUGUUUAACUGAUGAAGGUCUGUUAUAUUGUGGUAUUCCUCCGAUUUUAUUAGAGACUAGUGAUUGUGUAGGUAAAAUAUGUGAUAUACAAUGUGGUUAUGAACAUUUCAUGCUUCUUACUGAUGCUGGUAGAGUGUACACCUGGGGCAAUGGUAGGAGGUUACAGUUAGGUCACGGAGAUUUAGAGAGUUUGGAUUUACCAACUGAAGUGGAAGCAUUAGCUGGAAUAAAAAUUAUAAAAAUCAGUGCUGGUGGAUGGCAUUCAUUAGCUCUCAGUGAACAUGGAGAUCUCUAUGCAUGGGGCUGGAAUGAUACUGGUCAGUUGGGCAUAAAGAAUGAUGAAAAGGAACAAGGCAAUAUAAAAAGCUAUGCAUUGCCAACAGUGGUAGAUAUUUAUGAUGAUGACAAUGAACAAAUCAAUUUAAAUGUUACAAAUAUGGCAUGUGGCUCUAGACAUACAGCACUAACACUUGAAGAUAAUACAGUGUGGACCACAGGAAACAACAAAUAUGGACAACUAGGUUUUCCAAUACAAAAUUAUGAUACAGUUUACUAUUUUAAAAAAUCUUACCAAUCCACCUGCAAUGUUGAACUAACUUGUGGGCCAUGGUGUACAGUAUUGAAAUUAAAAUGUUAAU